AUGUUGUGUCACGAUAUUCUUCGUGUUUACACAUUGUAUUUCUGUGCUCUCAUUCCAGAUUCCUACCAUGAAGGCAGCUAUGGGAAUCACGAUACUCAUGAAAAGGAGAAGAAGAAAAGUACUGAAAAGGCUGCCAUCUUCCACGAGCUCACAUUCGAGGGAAUAGACCGCAAGCAUGUUGAAAUGGCAGAAGUCCGCAAAAUGGAGAGCGCUAGGGACUCGAAGUCGGUCGAAACUUUGGAAACCUUACAGCACCAAUCGUCAAAGGGCGAAGUGAAACCUACAGUUGUUCGAAACGCAUCUUCCGAUAUGCCUACAUUCCGCAAAGGCUUUGUUCACGAAAUGGCGAGGAGACUCGAGAAAACACUGUCCGAAGAGGCAGUACAAAAAACAACGCCUCCGAAGAUAAAACCGAGAGAGCGAGCCUGGCAAAAGACAGAAGAAACAAGGAUUGGCAGUGGAGUAAUCCCGCACGGAUUCCAACUGUCCAAAGGUUCUGGUAGUGUUCCGAACGUUUCCGUUCACGCAGCAGUUCGGACGUUCGAGCAAGCUUCCUCCCAUCAUCGCUCCCACGUAGACGUUCGCGUCACAGAAGAUUUUCACGAAGCAAGCGAAUCGAAACGACAAAGGUAG